AUGUCGAUAAGACCAAGUGAAAACUUUUCGCGAAUUAUUCGCGUUGUGCGCAAUGUUGCAGUAUGUUUGGGCAUGGACACCUAUGAUCCGAAUUAUCGCGUGAAUAAAAAGACUGCAAUGACUUUGUCUGCGAUUAUAAUAUAUUCUGGGUUCACAAUCACGACUGUGAUCCGUCUGAAAAAUUGGAAGUUCGCAUUGCAAGCUUUGGUAUUGGCCGGCUUUGUGAUACAGAGCUUAAAUAAGUUUUAUGUUGGAGUCCGCCAUUCACAAAAGAUUUACCAAAUCUAUCAUAGUGUAAUUAAAAUCUAUAAGGAGUUUGAAAACUACCCGGAUCCCAGAUAUGCAAGUGAUUUACAUCAGAGUUGUCGCAGAUUACGAACUGCUUUGAUUGUGGCCAGCAUCAUGUAUGCGGUUGGAGUUGUGGGCAUGAUCAUGUUGCCCAUUUUCGUCUCUUUGUUUACGGACAAAUUCACUUUCAUGCACUUUCAUAUCCCGGGCAUCGAUGUGACAACUGAGAUGGGAGCUUGGAUCACCCAAGCAGUACAUGCCGUCAGCAUGGCUAUCGCAGGACUUGGAUUAUUGGCUGGCGACUCGACUAUCAUUGUAUUUCUGAUGCAGCCGUUUGUAUUCGUUGAUAUUUUGCGACUUAAAAUUUACGUAUUCAAUCAGUUUGUGGACAUACCUGGAACUCGAUCCGAAUCGGAGAUUCAGCGAAUGCUUGUCGAUAUUAUGAAAUUUCACCAGGAGUAUUUGAGGUUUAUCUUUCGGUGCAACGAUUUGUUGUCUUCGAUUGUAUCCACCCAAGUUUCUAGCGCAGGAGUUUGCAUUAUAAUGACUAUAUUCGUUCUGAUGACCAGUGAUUGGCUCGGUGGAUAUUGCUUUGCCAUUGUUCUCAUUCCAAACUUGUAUAUUUAUUGCAUCCUCGGCACAUUUGUAGAGAAUUGUAGUGCUACCAUCAUGUAUGAGGUCUACAAUAUCUCGUUUUACAAUCUGAAAGCUCGCCACCAACGUCAAGUUUUAUUUAUGUUGAGCAAAACACAACGGACUGAAAUGAUGCAAGUACUUGGCGUAAUGCCUUUGGAUGUGAGCACAGCUCUGCAGGUUACAAAAAGUAUUUAUAGCGUUACUAUGGUGAUGAUCAACUUCUUGAUUAUUAAAUAA